AUGGAAAAAUUAAGCGAUGAAAACAUUUUUGUACCAAAAUGCUUGCAAGAAUCUGACUUAAGCCAAGAAUGCAAGGAGUUGAUACCCACGUUGCCAUUAGAAAAAGGUAUGUUUACUGCUGCCUUACAUCAAUAUCAAGGAUUUUGGUUCACCCCAAAUUUUCUCCAAGGUGAUUUAUCUUGUCAAAAGCACUUUCAAGCCCUUGAUAAUGAUAUUCUCUUAGUCACUAGUCCCAAAUCAGGUACCACUUGGCUCAAAGCGUUGUCUUUUGCUUUGAUAAACCGCAACAAAUAUCCAAAUAUUCAUAUCAACCAUCCUUUGCUCACUACCAACCCUCAUGGACUUGUUCCCUUCUUGGUUAAUCUUUACUUUGACAAAGAUUUUGUUCCUGAUCUCCAAAAAAUACCUCCUCCAAGACUCUUUUCUACACAUCUACCAUAUGAAUUAUUGCCAAAAUCUGUGAAAGAAUCAACUUGCAAGGUGGUCUAUCUAUGUAGAGAUCCUAAAGACACUUUUGUUUCAUUGUGGCAUUUCGGAAACAAGUUAGUACCACAAAGUAGUGAAGUACUUUCAUUAGAAGAUGCUUUUAAGAGUUUUUGUAAAGGAGUAAGUCUUUAUGGACCUUUUUGGGAGCAUGUAUUAGGAUAUUGGAAGAAAAGCUUAGAAAGUUCAGAGAAGGUUAUGUUUUUGAAAUAUGAAGAAAUGAAAAUGAAGCCUGAUUUUUAUUUGAAAGAGAUUGCUAAGUUUUUGGAGUGUCCAUUCUCCAAAGAAGAAGAAUCUAAAGGUGUGGUUGAUGAUAUAUUAAAUUUGUGUAGUUUUGAGAACUUGAGUAACUUGGAAGUCAAUAAAACUGGAAAAAUGUCUUAUGGAGUUGAAAACAAAGUAUAUUUUCGUCUUGGUCAAGUUGGAGAUUGGAAAAAUCUUCUUACAAUAGAAAUGAUUGAGCACAUAAAUACUAUCACAGAAAAUAAAUUUGUUAAACAUGGGUUGAAUUUUUAA